UACCCUCGCCUCGCCAUGGCGCCGCGGGGCCACCACCUGACGGAGGUGGCCCUCCUCGCGUCCGCCUCGGGGUGUCUCGCGGCCGCGGGCGCCGGCGAGCGGGAGGGGUGGCUGGACGACCCCGCGGUGGUCGCCUCGCUCGGGCCCCGCGCCCGCGACCUCGCCGUGGCCAGCGCCGCGCGGUCCGUGCUGGCGAUAGUCCCGAUCGCUGGCGCCGGUGGCGGCGGGAUCACGGUGAAGCCCGCCCUGGGGCCCGACGAGGGCCGGAUCUCCGCCGUGGAGUGGGUCCCGCUCGACGUGGGGGCUGCCGAAGGGGAGGAGGGAGUGGCCCUCGCGGUUGGCACCGAUGCUGGGUGGAUCCUCUUCUACACGCUCGCCGGCGAUCUCCUGCAUAAGCAGAGUAUAUAUCCUGCAAAGAUACUGAAGCUUAACUUCAGUGAGAGGAAGGAAAAUGCUUGGGAAGAUUCGGGUUCAGAUGAGCUUUCCGUGAUUUUUCCUGGUGUUAUUGCGCGUUGCGAUGGUGCUGAUCUUCAGAUCAUGCUUCAAAAAUCAUUUCAAGAGGUGAAACCACGCAUGUGGAAAGAUAAGUUUGAACAAGAAGAUGCCGAUGACGAGAGUUCUUUUGAAAGGAUGCCUCUUCAGAUUUGGAAUGUGAGCAAGUUUGGUUCUUCUGCCGAUGCUGCAAUUGUUGGGCUAAUGCCACCUCCCCUGUUAGAACUUCAGUCGAGUCAGCGCCACUACUGUGCCAUUACAGUUGGAGAGGAUGCUGUCGUUUCAGCAUAUAGGUUAUCAGAAGACAGAGGCAGGUCAUUAGUUGGAGCAAUUUUGUCAAGAGGUGUAGCUGCAACAUUUUCGACAAUAUCAUCUUUGUCCAAAAUUCUGUGGCGGAGUGAACCAUCACCAACGAAGAAGCCACGGCCAAAGCCUCAAUCCUUUGCAAAAACAUCACCUCUAACAUGCUUGAAAGAUUCACCAAGGAAGGGGGAACGGCUUACACUCUCCCCAAGUGGUACAUUGGCUGCAAUAACUGAUUCUCUUGGACGGAUUCUACUGCUAGACACUCGUGCCCUUGUUGCUGUGAGGUUAUGGAAGGGCUACCGUGAUGCUUCUUGUCUUUUUGUGGAGAUGCUCCUGAACAAAGACAAGGCAUCAUCGAGCUCAACACACUUGGAAUAUACAAAGAGUGACUAUUGCCUGUGCCUAGCAAUCCAUGCCCCAAGAAAAGGCAUAAUUGAGGUUUGGCAGAUGCGCACUGGGCCACGUAUCCUAGCCAUCCCAUGCCCCAAGGGAAGCAGAAUUUUGCAGCCGUCGACGAGAUUCUCCUCAUCGGUGUUCUCAUCGUAUACCCCGUUGGAGGUUUACUUGUUCAAUGGAGACUCUGGGCAGUUGUCUGUUUUGAAUAGGCAUAUUGGAUAGGAAUUUCUCAGUUGUUUUCUUGUUGUACAUUAUUAAAUGAUCUCCGGCGAUGUACAGUGUUUAUUUUAUUUUGUGGAUGGCCAGGUGAUUAUGGUUCUGCUGGUGAAGUUAUAAAUGGAAGCAGGUUUUGUCUGAUUUGAUCCAGUGAAUAAAUAAAGUUGGUUGUGUGAUUC